AUGCCACUCAACACUCUCCGUCUCAAUCAUCAGAAAUCCUCCCAUCCGAACGACCGUGUGGUCUUCAUCAAGCCUCUCCCUCGUCCUGCCUCGGAACAAGCAGACUAUGACCUGGCCGACACCUUCCUCCGGGCGAUCGCCGCACAAUGCCUGCCCAUCAUGAAAAACCACUAUCUUUCCGUGACCACACUAGAGGAAUACGAGCCCAACCGGGAAUUCAUUGGCCGGAACUUUAACAACGGAGAGAUCAUCCAGCUCGUGCUACGGAGUAAGAACGGUGGGUGGGUCCCUUUCAACAUGGUGCAAAUGGUCAUGAUGCACGAGCUCGCUCAUAAUACACACAUGAACCAUGGCAAGGGUUUCUGGAAGACGAGGAACGUGUACGCCGAAGAGAUGAAAGGACUUUGGGCAAAAAAUUAUACUGGCGAAGGCUUCUGGGGUAGCGGACGGACACUGACUGAUAUGGGCGCUGUCAUGGGAAACAAUAUCCUGACAAGUCAAGAACUGGAAGGCCUGCCGUUGUGUGGAGGCACGUUCAGGAGCCGGAGAAGGAAACGGAAAGCCAAGGGUGCAGACGGUAAAGAAUUGACUUGGAAGGAAAAGAAAGAGCGGCGGAUUGAGAAGAAGUUCGGCAAGAAUGGCGUUGCCCUGGGCGAGGAUGAGGAUAUGAGGCUUGGACUCGAGAUCAACAGGAAAGGAGCGAUUGGCGGGAAGCCGCGUGUGGCGCAGAGUAAAAGAGGCAGAGAGCUAAGGGCUGCUGCCGCCCUGGCAAGGUUCGAGACGAACAAGCAGGAGGCUGCUGCGCUGAAAGACCAAGAAGAAGACGAGUACGAGAGUACCGAGGGAGAAUAUGAAGAUGUGGAUGCUGGCCAGGAAGAUGCGAAAGACGUCAAUGGGGAAAGGAUGCUUGACACUUACGGUCAAGGCAUGAUCAAGGUUUGCGAGGAUGAAGACAAGGACGACGCCAAUGUCCAGAAUGAGCUGAAAGAACUUGAAGGUCUGGAUCGCUACUUCAAGCCUCUACGGCCGAACGAAGGUGCUGGUCACGAGAAGCCGAUUGAUUCAGAGCAUAGCGAAUCUGCACCGAUAUACAGGCCCGAAUGCGGCAAGCCGCCUGAUGAGUCUGGAUUGGAUGCCACCGCACACGAAGUACAAGCGUCGAUACCAUCCUCAUCACUGAAAGCGUCCGAGCCAAAAGCAGUCACUACACCAGAUACUCUUCAUGCGGGAGACAAGACUGCGGCAAAUGGAACAACAGCGGCAGCAUCCACCAGGCCAUCGCCAACUUUGACCUGCCCUAUCUGUUCACUCGAAAAUCCUCGUCUGAAUGCUACAUGCAUAGCAUGCGCUCAUGUUCUAGACCCCAAGAAAGACCCGCGCCACUGGUCUUGUCAGAGCGAGACUUGUAAGGACAAUGGUACAGCAUAUUUGAAUGCCGGAGACGUAGGUGUGUGCGGUAUUUGCCGGACCAGAAGGCCCGUCUGAAAGCGACAGAUGCCCAUGGUCAAACAUGACGAGAAAUGACCUUAUGAUCCAAUGAUA